AUGGUCGGUUCUGCGGUUGUCCAAGGGGCAGUUAGCCAAAUCCUAUCUGAUCUGAUUGACAGGCAUGAGGGGAAAGAGAAAUCGAAGGACAACGAAAACUUGGAGAGGCUAGACAUGGCGCACAUCAAGCUGGAGGCUGCUCUCGAGACAUCUGAAAAGUGGCAGAUCACUGAUGCAUCGUUGUUGUGUUGGCGGAAAAAUCUGAAGCGUGCUGCUCAAGAGUGCGACGACGUGCUCCACAAGUGCAAGAAUAGAAUCCUGGAAGAAGAAAAGAUGGAACAGGAGUGUCAAGUCUCACUGCAUGGAGGCGAUUUUUGUCUGCAAGAUUCUCAAUAUCUGAUAGCUGGACUACUGUUUAUGCCCCAUGGCUCUUCAGAGGACCUGCUGGCUGCGGAUAAAAGCUCAGUUAUAGUGGUGAAUCACAGUGAGGAGCAACAUUGCGCUCAUACAGGCAUUACCUUGGCACAGCUGGAAGAGAUCGCACUACCAAAGGCUGUAGAUUACUUCUGCCAAAACACAGACACAUUAGUGUACCAGAUGCUUUGA